UUCAUUUCCUUGAUAAUAGAGAUAAAUAGACAUGAACAUGACCCUAUUGUUGACAUCAUGGCGUUGAACAGCAGACGAAUUUUCUCCACUAUAAAAUCCUUCGCUCCUGCAUAUUUGAGGCCGUCUAGCGUUACCUACACCGGCCAUGCCUCCUGCAGCACCAGUGGAGGUCAGGACGGGUCACAGCCUCCCAAAGAGACCGUGACCUUUGACCCGAGCAAGGUGGAGGAGCUGAUACAGAAUGACAUGCCCGUGGACAUCCCUAACCCCUACCAGAAAGAGAAGAUCCAAUGUGUCCUGUGCAAAUAUGACGUUCGCCUGGACUACAAGAACCCGCGCCUCCUCUCUCAGUUCGUCUCACCCUACACCGGCAGGAUCUACGGCAGGAACAUCACACGCCUUUGCAGGAAGAGGCAGGAGCAGAUGGAGGCCGUGGUGCAUAAGAGUAGGAGUGCAGGUUACAUGCCGACGAUGCUCAAGAGUGUGGAGUUCCUGAAGGACCCUAAGCUCUUCGACCCCAACAACCCCAUCAGGCCCCACAACUUCUAGCGCCUCAAGUACCCUGCCGCAACCCCCUCUUUCUGUAUACCCUCAUCCCCCACUAUGCUUUCUCCCGCCAGCGUCACUUCAUCCUUCCUUUCGGCUUCCUAUUAACUAUCAUUUCCAUAUAUACCUGUAACCUACCAGUAUCCUUUCUUUAUUUCCGGCGUAUGACCACAGAUGUUGCGCCGACUAAACGAAACUUUCCAACUUUUCCUUUCUUUCUUUCUCUAGCUUCACUUCAUCCUAUCUGUCACCUGUUAUCUCUUUAUUCCUGCUCCCCACACACUGUACAUAGGAGGAGUUUUUGUAUGCCGAGAAAUCUUGCAUUAGAUUGUCCGUUUGUGGAUAGUUUUGUUCUAUAAAUAAAGCUGAAUUAUUAU